AUGGCCACCAAUCUCUUCCCAAGCUAUGAAGAAUUCCGCGGUGAAUCACAUGAGGGUUCAGUAGAUCCAUUUUUGGCAGUAACGGAUACCUUCUUCUCAGCUGAUAGUCAACGUGCUUAUGGUCCAGCACCAUAUGAGACACGCUAUCAAGCAUUGGGUGAUUUAGAAGGUACAUUUGAUCUUGUUAAACAUUGGGGUGUUCUUGCACCCUAUUACUCCAGCCCAAUCUUUAGGGAAUUGCAAAGUUAUCGUAGUAUCCCAAACAAAUGUACCAUCAAACAGGUCAAUCUUCUACACAGACACGGUUCAAGGAUGCCAAAACAUGAUCAGCAUGAAAGUGCUCCGAUGUUUGAAAUCUGGUUCAAGAACGCAACGUCAGAUGAUCCAAAGAUUAAUGGUGGUCAAAAAGCAACCUUCUCUGGUCCGUUAACGUUUUUGACAAAAUGGACGUAUGCCUUAGGAGCAGAUAAUUUGGUACCUGCCGGCUUUCAACAAUUGUACGAUAGUGGAAUCUACAUGCAUUACAGAUACGGUCCUUUGUUCAAGAACACACAAAACUCAACGGCAAAGCCAAUCAUCCGUACAACAUCUCAACAACGAAUGGUUGAUUCCGCACACUUUUGGGCUUUAGGUUUCUUGGGUACAAAUGCAUCUGCUUUGGCUGAUAUUGAAAUUCAAAUCGAGAAAGGAGGUUUUAAUACCACACUUGCCGCUCAAGAAAAUUGUCCUGGUACAAAGACAAGUUUGGCCGGCUCAAUGAUGAAGGCAGAUUGGAUCAAGAAAUACCUUGCAAAAGCUGUCGAACGAUUGCAACAUCAUGUUCAUGGUGCCAAAUUGACACCUGAAGUUGUGUUUGAUAUGCAAAGCUUAUGUCCGUAUGAAACCUAUUCUCUGGGUUUAUCAGAAUUCUGUAACCUGUUCACACGGGAAGAGUGGAUCGGAUUUGAAUAUUCUCAUGAUUUGGUAUUCCAAGGCGAUUUUGGAUUUAUGAGCAAGACUGGCAGAGCACAAGGAAUUGGAUGGGCUCAAGAAUUGGUUGCCCGCAUGAAAGGUGGAAAGAUUUCUACCCCACUCACUUCACAAAAUACAACUUGGGAUGGAAAUGAUACAACAUUCCCGCUCAAUCAAACAUUCUAUGCCGAUUUUACUCAUGGACGUCAAGUUGUUUCGAUCUUGACUGCAUUGAAUUAUAACGUUUUUGGAAGUCAACUUGAUCCUCUCAGACCUGAUGAAAAUCGCAACUUUAUCGUCAGUCACAUCGCUCCUUCCGCCGCAAGAAUCGUUUUUGAAGUGUUAGAAUGCGAUGAGUCAAAGGAAGCAAAUAGCGGUGAUAGUAAACGUCGUUAUCUUCGUACUUUCUUGAACGAUGCUUUAUUGCCAAUGACGCAUGAACAAGGAUGUGUAGGACAUGAUGGCCUUCGUGAUGGCUUAUGUCCUCUUGACAAAUUUAUUGAGCAUUUUGAGCAAAGUAUCAGUAAAGAAGGCAAACAAGCUCCGUUCAAGUUGCCGUGA